AUGUCUCUCUCUGUCUACAAUUCUGGAGCCUCCCGCCAAACUUCCUCCCGCAGUGGGGUGGGGGGUCGCCGGCUCAGCCGUCUGUCCAGCUCCAGUAGUGGAGGCUUUGGUGGAAACAUUUUUGGCUCUGGGGCAUGUUCUGGGAGUAGUUUCAGUGCUGCAUCCAUGUUUGGUUCCAGCAGUGGCUUUGGCAGCAGCUCUGGAAAUGCCUUUGGAGGAGGACUGGCCAGUGGUUAUGCAGCAGGACUGGGCAGUGGUUAUGGAGCAGGUCUAGGCAGUUGUUAUGCAGUAGGACUGGGCAGUGGUUAUGGAGGUGGGCUAGGAAAUAGUUAUGGAGGAGGACUGGGCAGUGGCUCAAUGGGCAUCCCCUGUAGCAAUGAUGGAGGCCUUCUUUCGGGAUCAGAAAAGGAGACCAUGCAAAACCUCAACGACAGGCUGGCUUCCUACCUGGCUAAAGUCCGGGCUCUUGAGGAAGCAAAUACUGAAUUGGAGAACAAAAUUAGAGACUGGUAUGAAACACGUGUAACUGGCGACUCUGUGUCCGGAAAUGAGUAUGAAAAAUAUUACCCAUUAAUCGAAGAUCUUAGGAAUAAGAUUAUUUCAGCCACAAUCGAGAACGCUCGGCUCAUUUUGCAGAUUGACAAUGCACGGUUGGCAGCUGAUGAUUUCAGAAUGAAGUACGAAAAUGAGCAGGCCCUGCGCCAGAAUGUUGAAGCUGACAUCAAUGGCCUGCGUAGGGUGCUGGAUGAGCUGACUCUGGCCAGGGCUGACCUGGAGAUGCAAAUUGAAGGCCUGACAGAAGAGCUGGCUUAUCUUAAGAAGAAUCAUGAAGAGGAACUUCAAGCCAUCCAAGCUGGAGGGCCUGGCCAAGUCAGUGUGGAGAUGGAUGCUGCUCCAGGAAUCAACUUAACCAAACUCCUAAAUGACAUGAGAGGGCAGUAUGAAACCAUUGCCGAGCAGAAUCGCAAGGAAGCCGAAGCUUGGUUCAUUGAGAAAAGUGGAGAAUUAAAGAAGGAAAUCAGCAGCAACACAGAACAACUCCAGACAAGCAAGAGUGAAAUAACGGACUUGAAGCGCACACUCCAGAGUUUAGAAAUUGAGCUCCAGGCUCAACUUGCUAUGAGAAAGUCCUUUGAAGACACCCUAGCAGAAACAGAAAGUGGCUACUGCAAUCAGCUAUCCCAGAUACAGUUCCAAAUUGGCAGCUUGGAGGCCCAGCUUUCCCAGAUGAGAUGUGACAUGGAGCGUCAGAAUGCAGAGUAUGAACAACUCCUAAAUAUCAAGACCAGGCUGGAGAUGGAGAUUGAAACCUACCGACAGCUGUUGGAAGGAGAACUUGAAGGGAAUGGUGCUGUUGAAAGUUUAAACCUGCCAGAGUCCAAUUCUCAAGCUCAGUCAAUUGAUUCUUCCAAAGAUCCAGCCAGAACCAGGAAAAUCAAGACAAUUGUGCAAGAGGUAGUAGAUGGGAAAGUAGUUGCCUCCGAGGUUCGAGAAAUUGAAGAAGAAAUAUAAGGCACCCCAA